CCUCACCUCAGCUGUCUUUUCAAAGAAUCAAGCUCACUCGUUCUCUUGCUUCUCCACUUUUAUUUUUUUGUUCAGCAAGCUCAAUUAAAAUCGCAUUACACCUCUCGCUUCUGAUCGCGCAACACACGCAGUCUUGAACCACUCACGGACCACUCUCUAAAAAUGCUGUCAUCCACAUUUUCCCGCCUGACAAAUCCGGCCUCCAUGGCAAGCAUCGCCCGGAGCAGGCGCUACGCGCGCCGCUGGCUGCUCGGCCUCGCUUCCAUGUCGUCUGUACCAUCGUCCCUCGCCAAGGAUCCGUCGCGUAGCUCCAUUGGCUCCGCCUCGAGCUACCUCAGCAACGUCUCCAACUUUAAGAUCAUCGAGUCUACUCUGCGUGGUAAAGGGCGAGCAAAGAAGAUUGAGAUCGCCAAGGCCCUCGAUGACUUUGGUGUCGACUACCUCGAGCUCACCUCGCCGGCCGCCUCGACCCAGUCGUUCAACGACUGCAAGGCUAUUGUCGGCCUCGGCCUUAAGGCCAAGAUCCUGACCCACGUGCGCUGCCAUAUGGACGAUGCCAAGCUGGCUGUUGAGACCGGCGUUGACGGCCUGGAUGUCGUUAUCGGCACCUCAUCGUUCCUGCGCGAGUUCUCCCACGGAAAGGAUAUGCAGUACAUCAUUGACACCGCCACUGAGGUUAUCCAGUACAUCAAGGGCGAGGGCCUCGAGGUCCGCUUCUCGUCGGAGGACUCGUUCCGCUCGGACAUUGUUGAUCUGCUCAACCUGUACCGUGCCGUCGACAAGCUGGGCGUCAACCGUGUCGGCAUUGCCGAUACCGUUGGAUGCGCAUCGCCCGACCAGGUUGCUGAGCUCGUGCGCACGCUGCGUGGCAUUGUGUCCUGCGACAUUGAGUGCCACUUCCACAACGACACUGGCUGCGCCAUCGCCAACGCCUACGCUGCCUUGCAGAAUGGUGCCACCCACGUCGACACCUCGGUUCUCGGCAUUGGCGAGCGCAACGGUAUUCCCUCGCUCGGUGGCUUCAUUGCCCGCAUGUACGCCUCCGACAAGGAGUCGGUCAAGGCCAAGUACAAACUAGAAAAGCUGCGCGAAAUCGAAAACAUUGUCGCCGAUGCCGUCGGUGUCUCGGUUCCCUUCAACAACCCCGUCACCGGCUACUGCGCCUUCACGCACAAGGCCGGCAUCCACGCCAAGGCCAUCCUCAACAACCCCUCGACUUACGAGAUCCUGCGCCCUGAGGACUUUGGCAUGACCCGCUACGUUGCCAUUGGUCACCGGCUGACCGGCUGGAACGCUGUCAAGAACCGCGUUGACCAGCUUGGCCUGCCCUUGACCGACGUCGACUGCAAGCAGAUCACAAACAAGAUCAAGAACUUGGCUGACAUCAGACCUCUCAGCCUCGAUGACGUCGACAAGCUCCUGAGACGCUACGGCGAGGCCAAGGUUGAGGACAGCCACCACGCCAUUCUGGAGGCUAUCGACACCCCCGACCAGAUCACCCAGUGGUAGAUAAAUUAUGCCUGUAGGCCUGUUUCAUUAUUUUUCCAUAGCUUGCAACAACACGUUUGAUUAUUAUCUUUAAAUUGUAAACUGG